AUGCUCUCGUCCCGGUUCCUCCCCUUUGCUGCUUCUCCGCCCAAACGAUUUCUCUUGUCGGUCGCUCCCUUUAGGUCCAUGUCUUCUCGCCAGCAGCCGCCCUGGCGGCAACCACCCACCAGUGCGGAUGCGCAACUGCCUGCAUUGAAGGUGUGGAACUCCUUGACCAAGUCCAAGACACCGUUCGUCCCGAUCGACCCUGCAGGAAAGAAGGUGGUGUGGUACGCUUGCGGACCGACUGUCUACGACGACGCGCAUUUGGGACACGCCCGCAACUAUGUUAGCACCGAUAUCAUUCGCCGAAUUAUGCGCGACUACUUCAAGUUCGAUGUCAACUUUGUGAUGAACAUUACCGAUGUUGACGACAAGAUCAUCCUUCGCGCCAGACAACAACACCUGUUCAACGAGUUUGUCGCCACAAGCCCUACGGUUACCCCCGAAGUCCUCGAUACCGUGAAGCUCGCUUUCGCCGCGUACAUUAAGAAGAACCUGCCCUUGCUCGAUGCCGCGCUUGCGCCAUCCCAGUACCAGAAAGAAGUUGAGAAGACGUACGCGGCUAUUUUGAACGGCGGUGCUCUGCCCGGAAAUGAGAAGGCCGGCGACGAUGAGGCCAAGGUCAAGAUGCAUAUCAAGACCGCCGCCUCGGCCGCCAAGGUCAUUGCGCAGGCUGAAGCUCGCAACGAAAAGAGUGCCGACCCUGCUGCUUUCGCCGAAACAUUCUACACCGAUGCGCAAGAUCUUAUUCUUCCAUACUUGGACGCCCUGAAGGGCGCAUCUGUCGACGCAGACGACCACAGUAUCUUCACUAAACUUACAAAGAGAUACGAGGAGCGCUUCCUCAAUGACAUGCGGGAUCUGAACGUUCUCGACCCCACCGAGUUGACCCGCGUGACGGAGUACGGUGACGAGAUUGCGGCUUUCGUUGAGCGCAUUGUGAAAAACAACUUUGGAUACGCCACGAAAGAUGGAUCUGUCUACUUCGACAUUAAUGCUUUCGAGGCCGCAGGCCACCCCUACGCUCGCCUGGAGCCGUGGAGUCGGUCUGACAACAAGUUGGCCGCUGAGGGAGAAGGAUCUCUGGCUAGCAAGACUACUGAGAAGCGCGGUAACUCUGACUUUGCUCUUUGGAAGUCUUCGAAGCCAGGUGAGCCCAGCUGGUCUAGCUCCUGGGGCAGGGGUCGCCCUGGAUGGCACAUUGAGUGCUCGGCGAUGGCAUCAGCCCGCCUGGGUAAGCAGAUGGAUAUUCACUCCGGUGGUAUUGACCUUGCUUUCCCUCACCACGAUAAUGAGCUGGCUCAAAGUGAGGCAUACUGGCACGAUGGUCACAAGCAUGACUCCCACGAGCAGUGGGUGAACUACUUCCUUCACAUGGGCCACCUGUCUAUCCAAGGAUCCAAGAUGUCCAAGUCUCUGAAGAACUUCACCACCAUUCGGGAGGCACUUGAUCGCAAGGAUUGGACCCCAAGAAGCUUGCGUAUUGUUUUCCUUCUUGGUGGUUGGAAGGAAGGCGUUGAGAUCACCGAUGAUCUCGUGGCCUUUGGCAGCUCCUGGGAGGAGAAGGUGAACAACUUCUUCCUCAAGGCUAAGGACCCGGCCGCUUUCCAAUCUUCAGGUACAGACACCACCUUCGCCGCCGAUCUGGAGGCCACCAAGAAGGCUGUCAAUGAGCAACUCUGCGAUUCGUUCAACACCCCUGCUGUUAUGCAGUCUAUCUCGGAGCUCAUCUCCAAGUUCAACAUUGUCGACAAGGCCAGCGUGCCCGGUAAGGACCUCCAGGCUGCUGCCCAGUGGGUCACCUCGAUGGUGAACAUCUUUGGUCUGAAUGGUGUUGCUUCGGCCGACAGCUCUGAAAUCGGCUGGUCGGGCAUCGAUGUGCCCGUCGAGGCCAAGCCUUACCUCUACCCUCUCGCAGCUAUGCGUGACACUCUGCGUGAGGCCGCACGCUCCAAGGAUGGUAUCUCUGCAAAGGAUCUCGAGGAGGCAGUCGCUCGUACAUCCGCACCACAGGAAGCUUCCGACUCCGCGAAGCCAUACGCCGAUAUCUAUGAGAACUUCCGCAACAAGGUUGCAUCACUAGAGUCCUCUCAGUCCAUUAGCAAGGACAUUCUCUCCCUGUGCGACCGUGUCCGUGACAUCGACCUCUUCGGCGUUGGCGUCUACCUUGAGGAUCGGGAAAACCAGCCCGCUCUUGUUCGCCCCGUCACCCAGGAGAUGAUCAAGGCCCGGGCCGAGAAGGAAGCCAAGGCCAGCCAGAAGCAGGCGGAAAAGAAGAAGCAGGAGCAGGAGGCCCUGAAGCGGGCCGAGAAGGGCAAGUUAAGCCACCUGGAGAUGUUCCGCACCAAUGAAUACAGCGCCUGGGACGAGGAUGGCAUCCCACUUCGCGAUGCUGCCGGCGAGGAGAUCACCAAGAGCCGGGGCAAGAAGCUGCGCAAGGACUGGACGAGCCAGAAGAAGGCCCACGAGGCCUGGUUGGCUACUCAAGCCAAAUGA